UGCUUUGUUUACGAUUGUUUGACAGCAUAAAUUCCCAACAAAAGUGACUGUGAGUUUGUUGUUUCGUUUGCAGUGCGUAAAGAUUCGUGUGCAUCUGCAAGUUGAAUAAUCUAGUGCUUAGAGUUUUAUUGCAAAGUUUUCAAAUAAAAUCCUUCGUAUCCGUACGUCCAAGACCAGCAGCUGAUUCCGUAAACAACAAAAAGGAAAACAGUUGGUGCGUCUCUCGAAUGAGUUGGUGCUUGGAUGGGGGAACGGGUUACCUGGUGGCAUUCGCUUUCGAUAAAUCAGUUUAGAGGGAAUAGCCAUGGAAACGGCAGCAGAAGCUGAUCCGGAUACCUCCGGGGGAUCAUCCAACCUGUUCGAGGAUGAUCCAGUAAGGUUCGUUGCCAGAACCACUACGGAAGGCGUGGAAAGCACAGCUCGCUCAAGCGGGGAAGUAGUGGAGAUGCUGGAAGAGCACUUGGAGGAAGAUAUUUACGGUCAAGCGGAUUUGGUUCCGGUCGAGGAAGUCCAAGAAGAUGCUACAACCGAUAAUGAACCCGAAGCUAUGUUCAUCAACCAACCGACCAUCAAUAUGGAGAUUGAUUUGGCUCGGAUUCAACAGCCAGGAUUUCUUUCGCCUGUGGUAAUCUUGAACAGUAGUUUGAUGGUGGAACCUGUGCCAGAGGCGCAGGCCACCAUCGAAAUACUGCAUGAGACGGAUGAGGACCAGGGAGGAGAAGAUGAGGCUAGCAGGGCUGCUUCUGCUGCGGCAACGGCUGCCAUGAUGGAUGGACCGAUUGUGCUGAUCGAGGAUACCAUCCGAAUGGGAGGCCACGGCCACGAACCACAGGCUGGACCGUCAACCAAUCGAAGUCUGCCGGAUACACCGAGAAGUCGUAAACGUCGUCGAACGCUGACUCCUCAGAAGCCUCCGCCACCGCCGCCAUCGGGUGCCGAUUCGCAGUAUGACGAUGAUGAUGAUGGAACGAUUUGUUCCAUUUGCUUGGACAGUUGGACCCUGACUGGCGAGCAUCGGUUGGUGUCGCUCAAGUGUGGUCAUCUGUUCGGGUACAUGUGCAUCAAACGCUGGUUGCAGGACAAUCCGGUGCAGAGCCGAUCAUGUGCAACGUGUAAAACGAAAGCUCACCUGAGGGACAUACGGCAUCUGUAUGCUAAGGCGGUAAAAGCGGUGGACAACUCCGAAGAAAUGAGGCUUCGUCAUCAAGUGGAAGAGGAGAAGAUGAAGGUGAGCAAGUUGGCUGUUGAGCUACAAGUGGCCAGCAUGGAGUUGGAGCUCCAAAGGACCUUAGCAAAUGAACUACGGUUGAAGUUGAAAGACUACGAACAACGAGGAGAGCUGAGAACGAACGCUUCUUUAAUGGGCGAAGUGGCAAGUAUCGCCAAAGUAUUGCGCAACUACAAAAUAGCCCUGGAUAAAACUAUUGACCUGUGUCGAGAACCGGGCUGUAGAGUAAUGGCGUACGGGAGUAAACGACACCACCUCUUGAUCUCACAAAAAUCCACCCAGAAUCUCUUUCCCGGUUAUUCGAUUAAAUUUGUAGAAAUACCAACAUUCCAGCAUUCGUCGGUGCUGCACAUAUCUGGAAAAAUGAUCCGAGACAUCAGCAUCGACGUUGAGGAUGAACUGUUUACGGCCGCUACUAGCGAGCGAUGUGUAAAGCUUUUCUCAUUUAACAAUCGUUCAGUUAUGACUUUUACACCUUCGGAUGCUAACGUGUGGUCCUGUGCCUUUGACCGGGAAAGAAGUAAGUUUCUAUACCUGGGUACUCAAUCUGGUGCUGUGUACGUAUACGACAUUCGAAACAGCAGCCAAUUCGUAGAAGAGUUCCGUACUGAAGGCGACUGUUCUCCUAUUAUCAACAUCUGUCCGGUUUCGUCUAGCAGCUCAAUUCCUUUCGGAGGCUUCCUCGUAUGUAAGCUGACUUCAUGUUGGUUCUUCGAGUAUACCGCAGCUCAAAGGGUCGAAUCUACACGACUGAACGUGGAUGGUCCAUUUACUGCCAUGAACUAUUGCGAAAAGACUGGCUACAUAAUGAUAACGACCCGACCAAGCAGUCGUCAUUCGAGAGCACGUUACAUUCUUGCAGGUUUGGUAAAACUGGACUCGAUAUGUGCAUUGCAUAUCGUUCACACUAUUGCGGGUUCUUCGGUUGAGCCCAACAUGGUUCGCAGUGCCCAGAUAAGUUUAGACAAAAACAAUACUCUGGUGGCGGCCUAUCUGCAGGACGAUCGCCAACUUGUUACCUGGAGCGCCAGCAAAGGCAACGAACGCGUGCAGAGUCUUCCAGUGUCCGAUGUCCUGUGGGAUCUCUGUCCAAUUUACGAAGCAAACCAGACCUUUUUGGCAGCACUGUCGGAUAGCAAAUGUCGCGUGUACAGGGCUUAUACCGAUUAGUACCGAUCUCUGAAGGAGCAAGAGUACAAGAAAUAGCGUACGAUCGUGUUGUUGAGUUUAUGAUGCGGUGCGUAAAACGGUGCACUUUCGAACAGUUUUCCAUUUUGUUCGCUUGUGAUUGUCCGCGUAUUAUACAGAUA